AUGGUUUGGGAUACAAAUGGUACAGGUGUUGAUCUACAUGUCAUUGAACCGACAGAUGAAAAGUGUUAUUAUUCUCAUAAAAAUACAGCUAUUGGUGGUAUGAUAACUCGUGGUUUUAUCAGUGGCUAUGAACCAGAAGAGUAUCUGCUUCGAAACGCAGUCAAAGGUGCAUGUAUGUUUGGUCAAUCGAAUCAGCAAAAAGAAAUUGUUACAUUACGAUUAACUAGUAAUCAAGAAAUGAUCGAUGUCUGUAAAGUAGAAUUUGACGAUGAUGUCAAACGAAAAACAAACAAUAAAACAAUCGAUGAUCAAAAAUCGAAUACGACUAUUCAUUCAAAUAUUAUUUGUGAAAGGUGUGAUAUGUCACCAAUAAAAGGAGAUCGUUAUAGAUGUUUAUUCUGUCCAGAUAUUGACUUUUGUCAAUCGUGCAAAUCGACUAGUGGAACAAAUUAUGGAUCGAAUUAUCAGUACAAUCAUCUCUUAUCAUGCAUUAAAGAUUCAAGUGAAUAUUCAGAGUCAUUUUAUUUACAGAAUCGUACUGAUAUCGAUCAUGCAAAUAUUCAAUGCAAUUCAUGUUCUAUAAAACCAAUAAUAGGUAUUCGUUAUCAUUGUAUUUGUGGAAUAAAUUUAUGUGAAAAAUGCGAAUUUACGGGUUUACACGAUCAAAGUCAUCAUCGUACAAAACUAACCCAGUAUAAUACAAUUCAAUUUUUGACUUGA